GAGAACUUUGAACCUUUAAUAAUAUUGCAAUAUUUGCUAAAAUUUUACGAUUCAUAAAAAAGAUUAUAUUUCAUCAUAAUAGCAACAUGCAUUAGAAAUUUUUGAAGUUUUCAAACAUAAUACUUACGUCAUUGCAAUUUUAUGUGUUUACGUAUCUGUAUGACAGUUGACCAAGGCGGAAUUAAACCACUUUUACAUAUUAAUUCAACUAUAAUACAUUUUUUACCAAAAAAUGGCUGGAUAUUCUGAAGAUCAACUAGCAGAGUUUCAGGAGGCAUUUCAACUGUUUGACUCCCGUGGGGAUGGCAAAAUCCAUGUGGCUCAAAUAGGAGAUGCUCUUCGUGCCCUGGGGCAAAAUCCGACUGAGUCUGAUGUCAAGAAGUGCACACUGCAUCUGAAGCCUGAUGAGAGAAUAUCUUUUGAGGUCUUCUUGCCCAUUUACCAAGCUAUUUCCAAGGCUAGGAGUGGUGACACUGCAAAUGAUUUUAUUGAGGGUCUGCGCCAUUUUGACAAGGAUGGUAACGGUUUCAUUUCAUCUGCCGAGCUGCGCCACCUAUUAUCCACUCUUGGAGAGAAGUUGAGUGAUGAUGAGGUGGAGCAACUGCUGCAAGGACAAGAGGACUCCCAGGGGAACAUCAACUAUGAAAACUUUGUGCAUCUUAUAAUGCAAGGUUGAGUGUUCUCACUUGGAUUGAGCGUUAUGUAAUGUUUUGCACUUAGUCAGAAAAAUUGUUAACAAUCACGUAUCACUGCUUUGCAUUCCAAAUUACUUAAAUUUUGUUUUUGUGAUAUGAUUUAAUAAUUAUUCAUACAAUUUUUAAUAUACCCACCACAUUCUUAAAAUACUUUAUAACUUUUUUUUUUAAUUCUCUUGUUUCGUUAUAGAAUUCUGAGUUAUAUUUGUACUCAGGAACUUUCGGCUUUUUUUUUAUAGAAAGGAAGGCUGACGAGCAUAUGGGCCACCUGAUGGUAAGUGAUCACCAAAGCCCAUAGACAUUGGCAUUGUAAGAAAUUUUAACCAUCGCUUACAUCACCAAUGCUCCACCAACCUUGGAAACUAAGAUGUUAUGUCCCUUGUGCCUGUAAUUACACUGGCUCACUCACCCUUUACACCGGAACACAACAGUACCAAGUACUGCUGUUAUGCGGUAGAAUAUCUGAUGAGUGGGUGGUACCUACCCAGACGAGCUUGCACAAAGCUCUACCACCAGUAAAAUGACUCAUCAGAAAGUUGGUUAAAAAUUAAUUAAGAAAUUCCAUAUUCAAAGAUAUUGCCCAAAGGAAGUUUAUAUAAAUGUGGUAAUUAUUAAAAGUUGUGUUUUUGUCUGAUUGGUCGAACAAUUUUAAUUUUUGUUACCUCCCUCAUCAUGAAGUUGACUAAGUGCGAAAAUAUCUUUUGCUCUUGCAUUUUACAUAUGAUAAAUAACAAAUGUAUUAGAUAUUAUGAUUAUCUUCUGAUUUCCUUGUUUUAUAUUUAAGUGCAAAUUCCAAGAUUUUAACAUAUUUUAAGAGAUAUAUAGUAAUUUAGUUAUGUAUGGUAAUGUACAAAGACAUGAUUUAAUAUAACUGUAAUAAAAUAAUCUUUGUAAU